AUGGAUUUUAGCCCAGAAAAGAAACACAGAAUUAUGAAUGAAGUGAAAUGUUUGGCAAAAUUGAUCUCAAAUUUUGUGGUCAGAUAUUACUCUUCGUGGACCGAAGACAUACAUCUGUACAUUCAUAUGGAGUACUGCCCGCAAACAUUACGCUCUGUACUCAAAGAAAAACAAUUAGUAUUUGGCAGACAAUUACCGGCAGAGCCGAUGACAAUCUUUGAGUAUUUCAUAUCAUGUGAAAUACUUCGGGAACUUUUGCAAUGCCUUGAAUUUAUACACGAAUUUUUGCCGCCUAUUAUUCAUCGGGAUAUAAAACCCGAGAAUAUAUUAAUUUCCAUGAACAAUACAAAUAUUAAGCUAGGUGACUUUGGAUUGGCCACCGAACACGACCGGCUAUCUAAAAGUCACACACAGAAUGUCGGGACAGUCAACUAUAUGGCACCGGAAAUGGGGUUUUUACCCACAUAUGGCUGUAAAGUUGAUCUACUCUUAUCCAACGUAUGAUUUAACCACGUUUUCGGCCAAUUUUAACAAAUUAAAUGCUAUUUAUUGGUCAAUGGUUGAGUCAAUGGAUACUAAACGACCGACAAGUAUUCAAAUACUGAAUGAAUAUGACAACUGGGCUAUCAAUAAGUCGCUUAUUAUAAAUCAUAAGGAUUUUAAUGCAAUACAAAAUGCUCUUAAAUCUAAC